AUGGACCUGCGCACGGCUGUGUACAACGCGGCCCGCGAUGGGAAGCUGAAGCUGCUGCAGAAGCUGCUGGGCAGCCGGAGCCGGGAGGAGCUGGAGGCGCUAACGGCGGGGCCCGGCGGGGGUGACGGCCCCGGGGGAGGGAGCACCCCGCUGCUGAUCGCCGCCCGGCACGGGCACCUGGAGGUGGUGGAGUACCUGCUGGAUCACUGCGGGGCACGCGUGGAGGAGGGAGGCUCGGUCAACUUCGAUGGGGAGACCAUCGAGGGGGCCCCGCCGCUCUGGGCGGCAUCCGCGGCCGGGCACCUGGGGGUAGUGCGGAGCCUCCUGGAUCACGGCGCGUCGGUGAACCAGACCACGCUGACCAACUCCACGCCGCUGCGAGCUGCUUGCUUCGAUGGGCACCUGGAGAUCGUGCGGUACUUAGUCGGCGAGCGUGGGGCCGACCUGGAAGUAGCCAACCGGCACGGACACACUUGUUUGAUGAUUUCUUGCUACAAAGGGCACCGGGAAAUUGCCCGGUACUUGCUAGAGAAAGGGGCUGAUGUCAACCGCCGGAGCGUGAAGGGGAAUACGGCACUGCAUGACUGCGCCGAGUCUGGCAGCCUGGAGAUCCUGCAGCUCCUGCUCCGCUCCAAAGCCCGCAUGGAGAAGGAUGGCUAUGGCAUGACUCCUCUGCUAGCUGCCAGUGUCACCGGUCACACCAACAUUGUCGAGUACCUCAUCCAGGGAGGGCUGCAGCAGCAGGAGGAGGAGGAGGAGGCUGCUGUGGAAGCACUGGAAUUGCUGGGUGCUACCUUUGUGGACAAGAAACGUGACCUUUUGGGAGCCCACAAGUACUGGCGAAGGGCGAUGGAGCUUCGGUGUGAGGGUGGGCAGUACCUGCCUAAGCCUGAGCCCCGGCAGCUGGUCCUGGCCUAUGACUAUUCCCGGGAAGUGAGCUCGCUGGAGGAGCUGGAAGCCUUGAUCACGGAUCCAGACGAGAUGCGCAUGCAGGCACUGCUGAUCAGGGAGCGCAUCCUGGGGCCCUCCCACCCAGACACUUCCUACUACAUCCGGUACCGAGGAGCAGUCUACGCUGACUCCGGCAACUUCGAGCGCUGCAUUAACCUGUGGAAGUAUGCUCUGGACAUGCAGCAAGGCAACCUGGAGCCUCUCAGCCCCAUGACUGCCAGCAGUUUCCUUUCUUUUGCUGAGCUUUUCUCUUAUGUGCUUCAGGACCGCUCCAAAGGCACUUUAGCUACUCACUUGGGCUUCUCUGACCUUAUGGGAGUCCUCAGCAAAGGGGUCCGGGAGGUGGAGAGGGCUCUCGUGCACGGUAAGGACCCUGUAGUUGACUCGGCACAGUUCACCAAGACGUUGGCCAUUAUCCUCCACUUGGUCUUCUUGCUGGAGAAGGUGGAGUGCACCCCGGAGCAGGAGCACCAGAAGCGCCAAACUAUCUACCGCCUGCUGAAGUGCAGCCCCCGGGCCAAGAAUGGCUUCACUCCUUUGCAUAUGGCUGUGGACAAAGACACCACGACUGUGGGACGUUACCCCGUGGGCAAGUUCCCAUCGCUCCACGUGGUGAACUUGCUGCUGGAGUGUGGGGCUGACCCAGACAGCCGUGACUAUGACAACAACACCCCGCUGCAUGUGGCCGCCCGCAACAACUGCCCGCUGAUCAUGAGUGCCCUGAUGGAGGCUGGAGCUCACAUGGAUGCCACCAACGCCUUCAAGCAGACUGCUUAUGAGUUGCUGGAUGAGAAGCUGCUCACCAAGAGCAUGAUGCAGCCCUUCAAUUACAUCACCCUCCAGUGCCUUGCUGCUCGCGCCCUGGACAAGCACAAGAUUCCCUACAAAGGGUUCAUCCCUGAGGAGCUGGAAGCCUUCAUUGAACUGCACUAGGCUGGGAGAGCUGAAGUCCCUGUCACCUCUUUCACCCUGCAGAGGUAGUGCAGCCUGAGGCCUCGAGCCAUCCUUGCCUAGGUGCUGAAGGCCAUCGCUGUGCUGAGAUGGGCUGCGAGCUUUGUCCUCUUCUGUCACCAUCAAGCUGGCGUGUGCAGGGGUAGGGGAGGAGAAGGCUCAGGAGCUCAUGGCUGUCCCUCAUUGUUGUCAUCUUCAGGUACCAGAAAUCUCCAGUGCACUGUAUCCAGAGAAGGCCGCAGCCCCUGCCCUUUCCCAUGCCAUCCAUCUUGUCCUGAGGAGGAAGGAAAAUGGAGAUUCCCUGGGACCUGCUGCCUCUCCCGUUAGUGCUGGAUUAACUCAGCGUUACGCUUUGGAGCACUACACACCACACACCUGCUCUAGCCCUUCCCAUCCCUCAUACUGAACAGAUAGGAAUGCAAGUGAGGAAUAAAAUCCCUUCCAACCUAUUCUUUCCCCACUCCCUUCUCAGACUUGGUGCAGUCUAACAGCCGAGUGGCUUGUGUUCUGCUGAGGUAGUUGCCUUGCAUGGCAGUAGGGCUGGGUGUGCUGAGGAUGGGUUUUUAUUCUUCUCCCUUGGUUGGCCCAGUGGUGGUAAUGGCCUGGGAUGUCAAUGAUGGUGCAUAAAGCUGGGUUAUUUUUUCUCUUUUAGAGCCAGGCCCUAUCUAUGCUGCAAGACUUCUUCAAUCCUGUAAGAUGUAGUAAGGUCAGUUCUGGUUAUCCAAGUUUCAUUGAUAGAUGUUUUUUUUUUUAUGAAUGGGGAGGAAAAUCUGCUACCUGAAAAACAAAGCACUGCUGUGGCCUUCAGGUCCUUAGCUUGCCCUUUCUCCACAUCUUCACUCCUUUUGCCACAUGAAGGUCCUUUAGCUCCAGAGGUCAUUCAGGACUGGAGCUGUGCAGGGUGGAUGUGGCUGGGUUUCAGAGCCAAGCCAGUGCACUUUGAACCUCUUGGAGGAUGUGCUCUUGCAAGCCCUCUAGGGUGGGAGGUACUCAUAGUGUGGGUGGUGCUUGGGGGGAGUUAUUAAAGCAGGUGAGCAUGGUGGCAUGUUUGCAUGAGGGUGGUCUGAAGGAAGGAGCAAGGCAGACAUGAAAAGGUGCCUUCUGAGGUUUUUCACUGUCAGCUGCUUGGGCUUAGGCCAUUAUCCCAUUCUGAAGACCUACAUGGAGUGAGUUGUGUUAGCUGGUUUUACAUGGAGUGGGUUGUGUUAGCAUCUGGUUUGGACUUUUAAUUCUUUUUACAACUUCAUUGAGGAUGGUGCUACUUGAAAGAUUGGAUUUGAAAUCUCCUUUGCAUUCAGUUUGGGCAAGCUCUUUAAUUAGGAUCUGCACACAACUUGUUCAGUCUCUAGUCUCGGGGUAGGUAUUUCCCUCCUGGGUGGCAGUGUUGGUAAACAUGAGGCUGUUCCAGCAGUUUUAUCUUCUUGCAGGGGGAGUGACUGGGCCUUGGCAGCCUGUGGAUCAUUUCUUGGCCUUGGCCAGAGUGGAAAGCACAGUUGGGGUGGGGGUGGGGGUGAAGCAGCUGCCUGUGAGCUUUGGGAAAGGUCAGGACUGGGAGAGCAGAACCCUGACAACCAACCAUGCACUAUUUGCUACUGAAGCUUCUCUACUUGUAUUUAUAGCCAGCAUCUCCAUAUGCCUCAAUAACCCAAACGCUCUCUGCCCCUUCAAGGUCUUGUAGAUCCUGCCAUGAUGUUUUUUGCAGUGUUAACUAUAUAUAAAGCAAGGAGGUUUAACUUCUCUUGAGCUGUAAAGUGCAGUUAGUUUAGCUACAUUCUAUUUUAUUUUUUUUUGUUCCCUUCCUUUUGGCUGAAACCUGAACUAAACUGCAGGAAUGGAAUUUGUUAAUUUGUGAGCUGAGGAGCGCUCUUAACUUUAAAUAAUAAAACAGACAAAAAAAUGGCUGCUAGAAUGCAAAUGCCUUGGA